UUAGCUGUUUUUGUUGGCGCUGUUUAUUGUCGACGUUAUAUGAAUAUCCAGCAUAAUGAAUUGCUAGGAAUAUUUCUUGGUUGUUCAAAUCUUUAAUACUCUUAUUUAACUUUACCGGAUGCAUAACAUUCACCCGGAAGUAUUCAACCGAAAGACGAGAAAAAAAUUCGAGGAAAAACAUCAAUGGGGGUCACAUGUGUGUGCCAGGUGCCUGUGGCAGAGGGGAAGAGUGUGCAGCAGACAGUGGAUACCGUGCACAAGAAACUGGAGCAGCUGGGUGCUGUGAAGCAGGGCAGCUUCUGGGUCGACUGUGAGACAUACCAUGCCACAGGAAACGUCAGCGGUCAGCCCUCCAAGCUCUUAUACGUGAUGCACAAUUCUGAAACUCCCCUGAGCUGCAUUGCUCUGUUUGAAGGCGGGCCGUGCCUGAUAGCUGACACAAACUUUGACGUUCUCAUGGUGAAGCUAAAAAGUCACUUCCAAAAUGCCAAGGCGCACAAGGUGGAGUGUCGUGGUUCUAGAUACCGCUACUGUGACUUCUUAAUAAAAGUUGGUACUGUGACAAUGAGCUCCAGUGCCAGAGGGAUAUCAGUAGAGGUGGAGUACUGCCCUUGUGUGAUUCCAGGGGACUGCUGGAAUCUCACAAAGGAAUUCAUGCAGUCCUUUCUUGGCCCCAGCGUCCCCGAACUGCCGUCUGUCUUUGCUGCCAAGCCUGAAGGACUCUUCGCACCAUCGGACUGCGUUGACACGAUGACUCAAUACUUGGAGUUGUUCAACAAACUUCGUAAAAUGCAAAUACAAGGAAGUAACGUGCGUUGAGUUGUCAGCGGCAAUGGAGAGACAUUUUCUUUGAUUUUAUUGAUGUUGCUUUAAUUCUGGUCCAAUGGAUCAGCAUGUUAUCCAGGCAUUUGUCAGAGCCUGGGGUUUUAUAUUUCCAUUUCUGAAGCCUCAACAUUGCAUUACCCCUUUUUGAUAAAGCAUAUUGUAUUAAAGAUACUUAAUGAAAGGCUAA